CCCAAAUGCAUCAUGGGAAACGAGCCUCCAAAUGCGCUCCUAUACUUUUUCUUUUUUCCCUCCCUUCAUUUUGUACGAGCGAGAACAACGCGUUAGAGACUCAAGAAAUUAAAUCCCAACCAAAAGCUGCAAUUUAACAUUCAAAUUUAAAAGCUCUGAUCCACAGUCACAAUGGCACGUACAAAGCAGACUGCCCGUAAGUCCACUGGAGGCAAAGCUCCACGUAAGCAGCUGGCCACAAAGGCUGCCCGUAAAAGUGCCCCUUCCACCGGAGGUGUGAAGAAGCCCCAUCGUUACAGGCCCGGUACCGUGGCUCUGCGUGAGAUCCGUCGUUACCAGAAAUCCACCGAGCUUCUGAUCCGUAAACUGCCAUUCCAGCGUUUGGUGAGAGAAAUCGCCCAGGACUUCAAGACUGAUCUGCGUUUCCAGAGUGCAGCCAUCGGUGCGCUGCAGGAGGCCAGCGAGGCCUACCUGGUGGGUCUGUUUGAGGACACCAACUUGUGUGCCAUCCAUGCAAAGCGUGUCACCAUCAUGCCAAAAGACAUCCAGCUGGCACGUCGUAUCCGUGGGGAGCGGGCUUAAUUUUCCUUUCUUAUAAUAUUCUCUUUUCCUAUUCCUUCACUAUUCUUUCCUUCUCCCAACAUAGAUAGUAGUUUGGUUUGAGGUUCUCUAUAUCAUGAUUGUGAUAACCGUAAAUGUGUGAUUUUGUCUUGGUUGGUGCUACAAGUAGAAGAGUUUCUUUAGGUAUGUAUUAAUUCGAGUAUGAAACUUUACACUCCUCACUUUAGCUAUUGCUAUGAAUUAGGGUGUUUUUGCUAGCCAUCGAGUAGUGUGUAAUCUUGAAAGAGCAUAGUAAAAAACAUUUACAUCUUCAUAGUGAAACGGAUAUAUUCAUUGAUAUAAUGGGGUCUUGUGUUUUUCUUUUGGUCAUUUUAAAAUUUACAUUUAUUUUAAACACUCGUCUUCGUGGUGGGUAAGUGUAUCAGAUUCCAAAUGCUUUAUUCAGGUUGUCAAUUUCAAAUGUCAUUGUACUAGGAUGAUUGCAUGGUUUGACACUUAUAAGAGGCGUAAAUGUAGCAGACCAUAUUUGAUUUUCUUCCUUGGUUUUCACCACAUUAUGUCCAUGCAAUGUUAUGAUUUUUUGUUUCUCUCUCAGGUCAAUAUCUAUUUUUUUCUACUGUUUUUGAUUUGUGUUUUUGGUCAUUUUGAAGGCUAAAACAUUUGUACUCCAAAAUUCACAUACAAACAUGAAUAAAAUUGUGAUUACAAAACAA